GUCCCUGUUGAGCGGCUGCACUGGAGCUUCUCUCUAGCGCUGCCAGUGGACAAUCAAACCCACACACCCACCUCUGUCUACACUCGCCUGUUCAACAUUUCUUACUUCUGCUAGAAAAAUACAUAGCUACAGCAAACCUCUGAGCUCUGAAUCGCAUCGCGGCGCAUCGUGAUACAGCAGCAGCAAUAGCUCCAAAAGAAAGCACAACAUGGAGUCCCCUCCAGAUCCAGCGAGCGACCCGGGCAACGGCGUCUCAGAGCCGGUUACCCCGGUCAGGGAAACCCCGGUAAACCUGGAGACCCUCCGCAAAGCUGAGCACCAAGCCCCGGUGCGCCGGCAGAGCUGCUCCAGCACCAACAAAGGUAUUUCAGUAACAAAGAAGACACACACUUCUCAAAUCGAAAUAAUUCCCUGCAAGAUCUGUGGAGACAAAUCAUCAGGCAUCCAUUACGGCGUGAUAACGUGUGAGGGCUGCAAGGGUUUCUUCAGGAGGAGUCAGCAGAGCAAUGCGGCGUACUCAUGCCCGCGUCAGAAGAACUGCCUGAUUGACCGCACCAGCCGGAACCGCUGCCAGCACUGCAGGCUGCAGAAGUGUCUGGCCGUGGGCAUGUCACGUGACGCGGUGAAGUUUGGCCGGAUGUCAAAGAAACAGCGGGACAGCCUCUAUGCAGAAGUGCAGAAACACCGGCUCCAGCAGCAACAGCGGGACCACCAGCAGCAGCCCGGUGAGGCCGAACCCCUCACCCCAACCUACGGCCUCUCCACCAAUGGCCUGACCGAGCUCCACGAUGACCUGAGCGGCUACAUGAACGGCCACACGCCUGAUGGCACCAAGCCCGACUCAGGUGUCAGCAGCUUCUACCUUGACAUCCAGCCUUCACCCGACCAGUCCGGCCUGGACAUCAACGGCAUCAAGCCAGAGCCCAUCUGCGACUUCACCCCGGGCUCGGGCUUCUUCCCCUACUGUUCCUUCACCAAUGGGGAGACGUCCCCCACCGUUUCCAUGGCUGAAUUGGAACAUCUGGCCCAGAACAUUUCCAAGUCCCACAUGGAGACGUGUCAGUACCUGAGAGAAGAACUUCAGCAGAUGACCUGGCAGGCGUUCCUUCAGGAGGAGGUGGAGAGCUACCACAGCAAGCCCAGGGAAGUCAUGUGGCAGUUGUGUGCCAUUAAAAUCACAGAGGCCAUUCAGUAUGUGGUGGAGUUUGCCAAGCGCAUCGACGGCUUCAUGGAGCUCUGUCAGAAUGAUCAGAUAGUGCUUCUCAAAGCAGGCUCUUUGGAGGUGGUGUUUAUCAGAAUGUGCCGUGCCUUCGACCCUCAGAACAACACAGUCUAUUUCGAUGGAAAGUAUGCCGGGCCUGAUGUCUUUAAGUCAUUAGGUUGCGACGACUUGAUCAGCUCUGUCUUCGAGUUUGCGAAAAACUUGUGUUCUAUGCACCUCUCUGAAGACGAGAUCGCCCUGUUCUCCGCCUUCGUGUUGAUGUCUGCAGAUCGAUCCUGGCUCCAGGAGAAGGUGAAGGUGGAGAAACUCCAGCAGAAGAUCCAGCUGGCCCUCCAACAUGUUCUACAGAAGAACCACAGAGAGGACGGCAUACUGACAAAGUUGAUAUGCAAAGUCUCAACGCUGAGAGCCCUGUGCAGCCGGCAUACGGAAAAACUGACGGCGUUCAAAGCAAUAUACCCAGACAUUGUCCGCGCCCACUUCCCCCCCUUGUACAAGGAGUUGUUUGGAUCAGACUUUGAGCAGUCCAUGCCCGUUGACGGGUAGCGCUUCCCCGCGCCCACCCCACCCGGGAGAAUUCACACCGUGGGGAAUGUCAAGCAUAAAUCUCAGACACUUUAGCAGUGCCCUGCACAUACACACACCUGGACGGACGACACACUGCACACACACUUUCCCCCUUUUUUCGUUUUGAUUAUUUUUGUCAUGGGGAGGAGGUAAAGGACUGGGUUUGACUCUAGCGGUUUAUUUUUGAGGUUUUUUCCCUCCUUUUACUGACACAGGUGGGAUUGGAUUCGGAGCCCAGGGGAGAGGAUGAGAAGAUGAAGACACUUGUUUUUCCCGAACGCUCCCUCGCUCUCUUUCUCUCUCUGGCUAAACCUGAAAAGUCCAAGCGUUCGUUUUCGCGAACGGUCCCAUGGCGAUUUGUCAUGAUCAGCAUAAAUAGUUUUGACUCGUUUCCAAAACGGAAAAACGAUUCCCAGAGAGCAUUCGCCUGGAAUCCAGCGGAAGAGGAACACACAAGCCCUUUUCAAGCCAAGAACAUGAAAUAAAAAGUUGCGAUCAAGAAGCCGAUUAUCCGAACUGUUCCAGCAGUUGUUGUAGCACCAAAAAAAACGCUACGUAGAAAAAUACGUAUUUAGUUUCUUCCUCCCUGUACACUUGGGUUUCUUUUUUGGGAUGUCAAACCAGCACCUAACGAAGAAGAAUACAAAGUGAGAGAGAAAGAGAGAUACGGAGAAGGAGUGUGAUGUGGAGUCAACACAAAACAGCACCUUUCUACGGACAAUCGCGAAAAAAAAAAAAAAAGAAGGAACAACGUAGAAUUCUGGUAAUUCUAGUCGCAAUUGCUUUUAGCCGUCAGAGACUCCAUAAACCAUAGUUGCUUAGUGAUAUCAUUUAAGGCCUUCUGCUAUUAAGUCCCUCUCUGGAAUGGUGUUAACGUAACGUAACGUGACAUAACGGUCCGACCACCAACAUCAAUGCAAUGCAAGGGUCCAUUCCACCUGUUUUCUAACGUGUUACAGGGUAUACGAUCAUAAGUACAAACUAUACGAGAAAAAAAAAAUUAUGUUUAUAGAAUCUAUUUUAAAUAACAUGUAUGAUAUUAGUAGCUAGACUAUUCUUAAUUGUGAAAAAUUGAUAAGGCACUUUUAUUUGCACCUUUCGUUAAUUUAAGACUUGUAUAUUUACCUAGUGAUGUGUUGCAUGUAUAAAUACCACGGUUAUGGAGAACGAGUGCUGGAAACCCUAAAGCUGCUGAGGGUGGGUGCGUGUUUGCGAGUGUGUCUGUGUAUUUAUUUGCGCGAGGCGGAGGUUGGUGCUGGGUAAAGGCGGAUCAUGUGAUCUAGUGGGGGGUGGGGGGGAUUUUAGCAAACACUCCUCAUCUGCCACCACAGAGAAAACCCAACACGCUUAGUCUAAAGGGCUGUUGGACGCAAACGGACCCUUUUCCACACACAUCACAUGCUGUUUAAUGGUUCCAUCUAGUGGUGGUGCCCCACAUAAAUGUGUGGAGGAAGCAGAUCUGGUUUCUGAACGGCUGAUCUUCCUUAAACUGACUCUCGUGAGGGUCUUUGCCCAGCAACAACGCUCGUGGGAACGUAAGAGUGGACAAAAAAGACGAAAAGAGAAAUAUUCAAAAGCCUUGUCUGGUUGAAAUCCUCUAUUUUUGUAACAUUGUACAGUGCUUAUGAAGCCUAUGAAUGAAAAAGGGAAAGAACGAAGGAUGAUUUAGCACUUAAUCCUGCAAUAAUUCGAAUCUGUGUUUUUUAGGAUUCUUUUUUUUUUUUUUAAAGAACAAUACAAUGGUAGUAAUAGUGCUAUUUUUUUGUGAAUACCUAACUGUUGUGUGUUGCGUGUGUUUGUACGUCUCUUGAAUGUGCCAUAGUGGUCUUUCCUGCUUUUUUGAGUCUGAAAAAAAAUUUGUUGUAUCGUAACAUUCCAGUAAAUCUAUGUUGUGGCGUUUAGAAAAUCCUAAUAUAAUCCAGAGAAAAACUUGGCCCUCGAACUGACAUUUUGAGAAUCUUUGAAUAGAUCUUGGUAGCGACGUGUAAUUUCUUUUCCCCUUGACACAAAGUAUUUUCCUCAGGGAAGAGUCUGUCUAACUCGAUUCUGAAGCCGGUAGCUUAAACACGUUAGUCAGCUCUAUGUUGCAUCUAGAACUCAAUAAUUUGAUCUUGAUGGCAUGUUCAGUACAGAUAAAUACUGUAGCGUUUUUAUCAUAAUUAUGUGUCAGUUACUACUGUUGACAAAAUAUGAGUUUGUGCAAUGAAUCCCCAAGAAGUCCUGCUUAUUACAAUACAUCAAUCUGUAAUUGACAAUCCAGGUUCAUGUUUAGUUCUUUAUACAGUAAAUCAGCAGUUCGUGUACUACAAGGCUCAGGGAGAGUAAUAUUGAAUAAUAAUUGAGCAGGGAUAAUUAAAUCAGUUCCAAAUCCUAGUGACCUGCCUACUUAGACAGCAUUUAAGCAGUCUCAUAUUACAAGGAUUGUGUUUUUAGCAUAGCAACAUGCUAACAUAAAACUCCAUUGGAAUCAAUUGCAACAGAGACAACCCAUAUGUUACUCAUAAGGGGAGCUAUUUAUGUGACAUUCCGAAUUGUUGUCUAUGUAGAUUGUUCCAAAUCAGUCACUCAGAAGGUUCUAUUUUGGAGGAAGCAGACAGGAAGGCAGCUCACUAGGAACAGAAAUGAACCCAAACAACCUGGUAAUUAUGUUAAAGUACAAAUGGGAACAAACACUCAUUUGUUACUGUAGUUAAUUUUUUUUUACUUAGUUUUUCAUCUUCAUCUCAUUUUCGUCUUUCAUCUUCAUCACAGUUUACAGGCGCAUGUCAUACCAUGUUAUUUACUAGCACGAUUGCUGCCAAGUCAAAAGGAGACGGCAGUACAUCAUAAACAAUGCAAAAUGUGUCAUUUCAUUCAUUCGCCUAGCCGUAGGCUACUGGCUUUAUCAAAUCACCCAGCGAGCUCCAAGAUCAACUUCCUGAAAAUCCAACAAAACAAGAUAGCAACCUCUAGUGUGCCACGCUAAUUCCCAGCUUUGUUUUUCUCUGGACGGGGAUUUGUUCUAAUCGUCACCCAUAAUUGUUUGAGUCUAUGUGCCAAAUACCUCUUCACGAUUUUCUCCACCUUCAAACGUCCGUGUGGGCGAAUUGUCACGCGUGACAAAUACGGGUUUCUACAGGGUAACCACUGCUGUGGAGUCCCCUUGAUGAACAAGCUUUGCUGUUUCCUGUCCAAUGAUCCUCAAGUCCGUUCUAACACCAUAAAAGCUGUAGUAAAGUCACGUUUUACCACUUUUUGCAUGCCAUAUUUUGUCAGUGUAGUUUGUAUUAGACUUUUAAAGCAAUAUGCUAUGGGAUAGAACUUUGGGACAAAUUUAUUUUUUCUAAUGCAAUUAGAAAGGUACUUAAAAUGCCUGGAUCUGUGGUAUUUUAGACGUGUGAAGAUAAUUUUUUUUAUUGGUGGAAGAUCCAUACAUUUUCCCUUGUAAAUUGUAUAAUGAAAUCCUUUUUUCAAAUGUGGUUUUCCUUUGUUUGUCCAUGUGAGAAGCAAUAUACGUCCGAAUGUGAAUGCGAGAGUGUGUACAAGUGGAAAUGUGUGUGUUUGUGCUAUUUGUAAUGUUUGCUUAAGGUCAAACCCCCAGACAAGGCUUUAAAAGAUCAGACGCAGCAGGGUGAGAUGGUGAAUUGUAUGUAAGAUCUUAAGUUUUUUUUUUUUUCAGGAUUUAAAAUGUUUUACGUAGCACUGAGCUUGAAUCCCUUGAUGAGGCUGUACAAGCAUGACACACUGCACCUCGACGGUCAUUUCGAUUAGAGUUAUGCAAACGCAACAAGGCCUAUGCACUCACUUUCAAACGAAAGGCACAUUUACUGAUUUUAUUUGCAAUUCCGAUCACCAAAUUUAACGUGUCAUGCUCGCGACAGCAUUCGAGCUGAAAGGUUGAAGUGUUACUAAGAAUUACGUCAAUUAUUUUCCUUGCAUUUUCUUUCCAAAAGCACAGCUGAUGCGUUAUUAAAAGUGAAAUAUGUUUAGAUAAUAGACAAAAAGAAAACUCUUUAGCCAUAAUUGAAUGUCAAGCAAUAAUAUAUGGUAUAUUAUGAUUCAUUUUGUGCAUAGGCUUUGAACAUCUGCAUGUAAAUACAUUUUCUUAUUUAUCGCGUUUAAAAAAAAAAUUUGUUCGUUUUUUUGCUUCACUUUUUUUGUUUGUUUGUUUUAUUUGUGUAUUGACUAGUUCUGUUCCCGGGUGGAGAACUACGAACGUCAAAUGGCCUGUAAACUGUACAGCUAUGUUUUCCUGUCCUCCUUUUGGCUUUUAAUUCACAAUAUUUAAUGUUCUAUCGAUCACAUGUAUAAAAGUAACUUUGUAACUUCUGUCUGUAUAGGUAAGAAGAAAAUACUGCUAUUAAGACCUGCUCAGUGCAAAUAUUUAUCUGUUUUAUCAGACACAUCAUGCUGUACAAUAUCUCUGUUUUGAGUAUACUUCUCUCUUUUAGACUUAGUUCGAUUAGCGGUAGGGUGUGCGGACAUAAAAUUUUGUGUUAUACUGAUGUGUGGUGCUAGGUAAGUUACUUUGUGAACAAAAAUUAUGGAUUCAUAGACUAGGCCACCCUCUUAGUCCAUUCAUUUCACUGAGUAUUGAUGCAUUAUUGAUAUUAGGACUCAAUAAAUAAUAAUAAUAAUAAUAAUGAUAAUAACGAUAAUGAUAAAGAUAAUGAUAGUGGUAAAUUUACUUUUGAAUACCCAGCAAGUACCUGUAUCAGUGUGCUAGUCUUGGGACGCGGCUUGUUUCCUUCCCACUUUUAAGAUUAUUAGCAAGUAUCGAUUAAGUAAAUCUCUAUUAAACUUCGCAAUUUAGAAUUUUUCGCAACAAUGAUGAUUGUUCAUGCUUUAAAAAAAAUGGAAAAAGCAGCAGUAUUGUGCUUAUUUUUGAUUGUUUCGAAACUGUAGCUGGAGGUGUUUCUAAUCCAGUGCUUAUUUUCUGUAUUGGGUGCUGGAAGGACUUUAAACACGCGAUAAAGUACCGGAUUGUCUGCCGCUUUUCGGCUCCCUCCAUUUUUUUUUCUUUUUAGAACAAAUACACGCUUUGUUAACAUACUUUUUUUUUCCCUUUCACGUACACUUACAUACAUACAUGAUGGUUAAGUGUUAUAAAUUGUACAGGACAAAGGUGGUUGUACGAAGUUUUGUGCGAAACUUCCUGUUUUUAUCUUUGUAGCAAGGCAGAAUCUACUUGCAAUAAUACAUAGCAAACUACACUGAGUGCCUCUCAGUGGUACAGGAUGCAGAAACUGUAUUCGUCCAUUUUGUUUUCACGUCCUCAAAUGACUGUGUUUGCACACGUAAGUGAAUUCUGUCUUGUGUUACCGACUCUUCUUCUCAUCAGCCGUCUUUUUGUAUGUAAAUGAGGCAUUUCAUGUUUGUUUAUACCCAUGGAAACAGCAUUUUCUUGUCUCUGUGAUGUCCUGUAUUUUCUGAGAUUCUCAGAUGCUACUUUUUCUUUUCCUCCAAACAACUUCACGUGGUUAUGGGACAUUGCAUCCUGGUUGGAUGUUAAACGCAAACCCCGUUUGGAUAUUUGCAAGCUGGCGGACAAUAGACAAUCCACUCCGUGUUCUCCCUGUUGUUUCCUGCCAAUUAGGAUUUAAGUUGACGUUUAUGAAACAAAAUGACUAAUGCAAUGUAUUUUAAGUGUUCAUAUGUGUAUGUAAAAUGAUGCAUACUACACUUCUAUUUCUUGUUGAGCUGAAGGGGAAGGCUCAAGGGCUGGGGCAAGAUGGGUUGGACUUUGCUCCUGCUUUCCUGUGGGGGGAAAAAAGCAGAGAACGUUUUGCGGUUGUCACAAAUUUUUAUGUAACAUGUUUGCUACUGAUCUUAAAAUGGGGACAGUCGAUCAUGUACCUUUUUAUUCAGCUCUUUGGAACUCGCUUUAGGAGAUAGUCUCUUCCCUCAAUAGUGGUUUUGCUCCUUCUGUUUGUCUGAUUCUUAAAUAUGAAAAUAAGUAUUUUGAUUCAUUUUGUAAAUACCGCUGUAAAGAAAAAUAAGAAAUUUAAUGUUGUCUUUUAAAUACUUUUCAUUCUAAUAUGAAUGUUGUUAUAUUGUACUUAGAAACUGUACCUUUAAUAUUACGUUUAUUAAAAGUGCAUUGGACACAUCGAUUUUAGAUGUGCUUUAUGUGCUGUUAUCCCAUAAUAAAAUUUACUGCUUGUAAUGGGCUUUUA